UGCGUGCGUCACUUCCGCCCAGGGACUCGUGCAGAGUUCCUUUUUUUUCUCUCUCUUUUUCUUGUUUGAUGUCGUUCACUGGACGAGGCCUGGUGGUGAUUACGGCUGGGGCAGCCCGGGACAAGGGGGGGGUCGAAGCAGCACAGCCGGGGAGGGAAGGAGACAGAGCGGAAAGCGAGGAGCGGCGCGCCCGUGGAUGUUGUGAUUCGGCCUCUGCAGCAACCUCGGCCGGACGUGAAGAGGAGUGAAGGAAAGCCCCGAGCGCCGCCCCCCGAUACUCCCUGCCCAAGCAUGAACGACGUUACCGUGGUGAAAGAAGGGUGGCUUCACAAGCGAGGUGAGUACAUCAAGACCUGGAGGCCACGGUACUUCAUCCUGAAGAGCGAUGGCUGCUUCAUCGGCUACAAGGAGCGGCCUGAGACGUCGGACCACAGUCUCCCCCCUCUCAACAACUUCUCGGUGGCAGAGUGCCAGUUGAUGAAGACGGAGAGGCCCAAACCGAACACCUUCGUGAUCCGGUGCCUGCAGUGGACCACGGUCAUCGAGCGCACCUUCCACGUGGAGAGCAAUGAGGAGCGGGAAGAGUGGAUGAAGGCCAUCCAGACCGUGGCCAACGGCCUGAAGAUGCGCGAGGAGGAGGAAGCGAUGGAUUUCCGCUUUAGCAGCGACGGCAGCGGCUUGGAGGAGAUGGAAGUGACCAUGUCCAAGUCGCGCAGCAAAGUGACCAUGAAUGACUUUGACUACCUGAAGUUGCUGGGUAAAGGCACCUUCGGCAAGGUGAUCCUGGUGAAGGAGAAGGCCACGGGUGUGUACUACGCCAUGAAGAUCCUGCGCAAGGAAGUCAUCAUCGCCAAGGAUGAAGUGGCACACACCGUGACUGAGAGCCGGGUGUUACAGAAUACCAGGCACCCUUUCCUCACUACACUAAAGUACGCCUUUCAGACCCACGACCGCCUCUGCUUUGUGAUGGAGUACGCCAAUGGAGGAGAGUUGUUCUUUCACCUUUCCCGGGAGCGCGUCUUCACCGAGGACCGGGCGCGAUUCUACGGCGCCGAGAUCGUGUCCGCGCUGGAGUACCUGCACUCGCGAGAUGUGGUCUACAGGGAUCUCAAGCUGGAGAACCUUAUGCUAGACAAGGAUGGCCACAUCAAGAUUACGGACUUCGGCCUGUGCAAGGAAGGCAUCACCGACGGUGCCACCAUGAAGACCUUCUGCGGCACCCCCGAGUACCUGGCCCCCGAGGUGCUGGAGGACAAUGACUAUGGCCGGGCAGUGGACUGGUGGGGGCUGGGCGUGGUCAUGUACGAGAUGAUGUGCGGCCGGCUGCCCUUCUACAACCAGGACCACGAGCGGCUAUUCGAACUCAUCCUCAUGGAGGAGAUUCGCUUCCCCAGGAACCUGUCUCCUGAGGCCAAGGCGCUUCUGGCUGGGUUGCUCAAAAAGGACCCCAAGCAGAGGCUUGGAGGAGGGACUGACGACGCUAAGGAAGUGAUGACCCACAGAUUCUUCAGCUCCAUCAACUGGCAGGAUGUUCUCCAGAAGAAGCUGACCCCGCCCUUCAAGCCCCAGGUGACGUCGGAGACGGACACCCGUUACUUUGAUGACGAGUUCACAGCACAGACCAUCACGCUCACACCUCCGGACAAGUAUGACAGCCUGGACUGCGAGGAGUCGGACCACUUCCCGCAGUUCUCGUACUCGGCCAGCAUACGCGAGUGACGGCUUCCAGCUCCGCCUCUCGCUCCCUCUCACUCCCACACACGCGCGCACACACAGCUGCAGGCCCGACCUCAGGAGCAACACGUGCCUUCGUCAGCCACCGGCCUUCUCCUGUCCACCAGCACCCCACGCGCUCGACGCGAAACGACGGCGCCUCGCGCUCACGAUUUUCAAGAAGCAAAUUUUUCGGAAAGAAAGAAUUUUAAACCUUUUUCUGCUUUCACUCAUUGACAUGGUUUUAAAAGCCAUAUUUAUGUGAUUUUUUUCCCCCCCUAAAGGUGCUCUUUGUAGAACUGUUACCGAUACUUUGGACUCGGUGCUGAUGGUCUGUGUCAACUGUGGACAGAUUAGAACAGAUUGGCCGUUAAAUAAAUAAACCACACAAACUGAAGACUGGAAAUAAUUGUAGAUAUUUUUGGGGGCUGGGAGGGAGCCGUCCAUCUUUUGGGCUGCUGACACUUGGGCAAAAAAAGGACAAUGCCGUUUCACCCAGACUCAUUUCAGCCAUUUUGAAUGUAAAAGAAUCUCAAAUGUUGUUGUUUUUUGGCCCUUAGAUGGUUGCUGUUACCAUGGAAUGUUCCAGAACUCAAUUCACAGUUACGAACAUUGUGCAUAUAUUAUUAUUUUUUUGUCUUGUUGAAGCAGUAUGCGGAGAGAUGUGUACAUCACCUGGGGCUUGACAGUAGCGUGUAGACUCACACUUCUGACCGUUUCAAUUAUAGACGAGCCAUAUGCUUCACUCUCUGGGGGGGGGGGGGUCACACGUGUACCCCCACGGUGCUGCUCCUGUGUUGUCUAGGACGAGGCAGGACCUCCGGCUUAUUGUAAACAUCACAAUGACAGUUUGGUUUUCUUGUUGUUGCCUUUUAAAAUAUUUCAAUGCUUUGUAACUUUUAUAAAUUUAGGUCUACACCCCUCCCCAGUCCUUUGUAUCCCAUGAUACUUUGGAAGGUAAUGCUCAAAAAAAAAUUUAUAAAUGUAUAUUAAAAACGUUUGUUGUGUUGA